UUCAAUAAUCCAGUUUUAGUACCAUUCUGAAACAUCUACAGAAUUUACGAUAUUGAAGUGAUUGUGAGGUGAUUUUACCAAUGAGUGAUAAUGAUAUCAGUUCUCCAAGCACCGCCAUCUUGAACACGGUCAAGGACUGGGAACAACCUAUUGAGCCUUCAGUAUGCUAGAUCAGCUGAUGUUCCACAGAAACAAAAUGGCGGUAAAUUAAAAGUUUGUACCAAAAAAUGUAAAAAAAACUAGUGAUAAAUGCCUUCAAUACAGCCUUAUUAUAUCAGUAUGAAGURCUAAGACUAAUAUAUAAUGUCUAAGACUAGACAUAGUUAUCAUAGAAGAAAGUUCUCUUCAGAAGACGAGGAAGAAGACGUUGUAUGGAAGGAGCAUGAACAAGCUCUCUGUGAAACAUUCUUUCGUYCACAGGACUUCAUACAACGAGGAAGUGAAGACUACAAAGAUUUCUGGCGUUUUCUUGAUCGAUACGAGGCAUUUAGAAAAAGAACUGAGUCAUCUAGAAAUGAGAAAAAAAGUCAUUCAAGUUCAAAGACAUCAAAUUUGGGAUUACCAAUGACGUAUGACAAGAGAUAUAAAGUAAAUGUGUCUAUCUUGACAAGCGACGUCAUAGAUGAGCAGAGAUCAAAACACCGUAGAGAUAAAGAAAGAAGUAGAUCAACCCAAAGAAGUCUGAAAACAAAACAUAUUGCGGAGUUUAGAUCUAUACUCCUGUAUUAUAUUGACUUUUGUCAAAAACAAAAGUUCAACAAAAUAGUAAAACUGAAAAAAGAUCAGGCCAACCUUCCCAUCAGCCAGUUCAGGGAGCAGAUYGUAGAAGCUGUUGGAACACAUCAGGUUGUGAUAAUUGCUGGUGAUACAGGGUGUGGGAAAUCUACCCAGGUUCCACAGUACUUAUUGAAUGCUGGCUUUACACAAAUUGCCUGUACUCAACCCAGAAGAAUAGCAUGCAUAUCACUAGCAAAAAGAGUAGGAUAUGAAACCCUCAAUGAGUAUGGAUCAGAAGUUGCUUAUCAGAUUCGUUUUGAGGCAAGUAAGACAAAAGCAACAAGAAUUCUAUUCCUUACUGAAGGUUUACUAUUGCGGCAGUUGUCAUCAGAUCCAGACCUCUCUCAGUACAAUGUACUGAUUGUAGAUGAGGUUCACGAACGUCAUCUCCAUGGAGAUUUCUUACUGGGAAUGUUGCGAUGUCUGAUUGAAGGCCGUGCUGAUCUCAAGAUUGUUCUGAUGUCUGCUACUAUCAACAUAAACCUGUUUUCUGGUUACUUUGAAGGGGCUCCAGUUAUACAGGUUCCUGGCCGCUUGUAUCCAAUCCAAGUCCAAUACCACCCACCUUCAGCUGAGAAAGAGAAACCAUCAAGCCGUGCAGAGCGACUAGAUCCAUCACCAUACCUUAGAAUUAUGCAACUUAUUGACAAAAAGUACCCUCCCACAGAGCGUGGUGACCUGUUGAUGUUCUUGAGUGGAAUGGCAGAGAUUGCUGCUGUUGUURAUGCUGCAAAAGAAUAUGCUCAAAAGACUCGUCGCUGGAUUAUUCUUCCUCUUCACAGUUCGUUAUCAGUUGAGGAACAAGACAAGGUAUUUGACGUGCCACCYGAUGGUGUUCGGAAGUGUGUAGUGUCUACGAACAUUGCCGAGACGUCUAUUACUAUAGAUGGCAUUCGAUUCAUUGUUGACUCUGGGAAGGUUAAGGAGAUGAGCUUUGACGCUCAGGAGAAGAUGCAACGACUCAAGGAGUUUUGGAUAAGCCAAGCAAGCRCCGAGCAAAGAAAAGGCCGAGCAGGUCGUACUGGUCCUGGUGUCUGCUUUCGCCUUUAUUCUGAAAAUGAUUACCACGCGUUCUCUCAGUACGCCACGCCCGAGAUUCAACGUACGCCGUUAGAUUCCACUAUCUUACAGAUGGUAGCACUAGGAAUCAAUGAUGUGCGUUCUUUUGCAUUCAUUGAACCACCUCCUUCUUCAAGCAUUGAAAACUCCGUCUUCACUUUGAAGCAGCAAGGAGCGCUAACCGAGGAUGAGGCCUUGACUCCUAUUGGUCAGAUGUUGUCUCGCCUUCCUGUAGAUGUGGUUAUUGGUAAGAUGCUUCUAAUGGGGUCUGUCUUUCAUUUGACUGACCCUGUCAUGAUCAUAGCUGCUGGACUUAGUGUCCAGUCUCCCUACACCAGGCGCUURGAUCACGACCCGGAUGUGACGUCACUACGAGAAGAACUGGAAUCUGAUCAUGGCGACCCGUUUACUUUAUUGAAUGCUUAUGAUGAGUGGAUCCAGGUCAAAAGUCGCCAUGGUUACCAGUCAAGGAAGUGGUGUAAAAGGCGUGGUCUGGAGGAACAAAGAUUCUACGAGAUGACCAAACUAAAGAAUCAGUUCGAGGAUCUGUUACACGAUCAUGGCCUUGUAGAACGAGAAGAAAAAKACGAGUCGGAUGAAGACGAGAUCGAAAAGGAAAAAUUCAAGCGGCGUCAGUUAAAAAGAAUGAAACGAGAUCAUCAAAAAUCCACCCGACGUCGAAAGCUUUUAAAACUUGACCAAGAUGAGGACGAGGAGGAUGACACGGAGCCUGGUAAAGACAUCCGAGACCUAGAAUUCAAAAUGACCCAUGAUUUGGACAAACUGCUGGAAGACAGCAGCGAAAGAAGACGUUUCACAUUAAGAGAUAUCAACCUCCUGAAGAUUAUUUUAUGUAGCGGGCUUUACCCAAAUCUAGCGAUACCUGACGAAACGAACUCGUUCAAGAGAGAUUCGGAACAAACGUUCCAUACCAAAUGUAAGCAGUAUCUGCUAUUGCACCCAACGGGUGUCUUCGCUAACCAACCUGAUAUACUGCAACCACAAGAAGUACGUGACUUCCAUCAGUCACAUGAUCAAUCACGUGAUAUCUUUAGUGGCUCCCAUCAACUUUUAGCAUAUGUUUCACUCUUAGAAACUAACAAACCUUAUUUGGUCAACGCUAUGCGAGUCCCAGGCCUCCAGACUUUGCUCUUGUUUGCUCGUAGUCUGGACACUAAUGCUGAUCUAACUCGUGUUGUCGCAGAUGCGUGGUUGGAAGUUCAUUUUGCUGACGUCAAGUCUGCCCAGGAUGCGAUAUCCGCUGUCCUGCAAUUAAGAAUAACGUGGGCACGACUGCURGAGCUUAGGCUCGAGGCGAAUUCACAAACUAGGAAGACCGAUAAGUUGACAGGCGUCGAACGAAACAAGUGUCGAGAUCUCGAAACACUCUUGGCUCAGAAGCUGAGCGAGUUUUUGGACAGUAAUAUUCGAUAUUCCAUCACAAGGUUACUUUCAUCUGAUGAAAAACAUCUUUAUGUCGGGCCGAAUGACACAAGGAACAUUAAUGCUCAAUUUAGUGAAGCACUCCCUUUYCAAAGUCCCUCAACGUCCGUUAACGUCCAUCCCAUCAAGGGGGGUAUCCAGAUCAAUGAAUACUUAACGUAUAACUGCCUUCAAGAUCAAAUUAUGGCGGAGGCUUCGUCAGAUGCCGCUCAAUUUAUACAAAAACACUGGAAAUGUGUAAAGUGUGGAGUCAAAAUGGUGGUUAYUGUGUUAGAAAGAUUGCAACACGAAAAUGAUUGUCAUGGUAACGGCGAGUUUGAAGACUCAGCAGCUUCGACUGUUUCCUCUAGUUUCACCCCAGUCGAAGAAUCUUCUCGAUCCUCAGUAGAUCAUCUGAGAAAACCUUACUUUUGUGCUGAAUGUUCUAAACAAUAUUCAUUUACUAGUACUGAGAUACUAAGGCACCGAAAAACACACCACUAGAUGGUGAUCAAAUAUGACAGCAAAUAAGCCAAUMCRGCAUACAGUCAAUUCAAAAAAUGUKGUCGUCGACCAACUCAAGUCUACGCGACUGGACCGAAAGGAACUCUGGGUAGCAAUCAU